CCUGACAUCCACACGAGGUACAGCCGCUAAGCAUGGUAUUGCUGAGCCUGCUGUGCACGGUCAUCGGCUUUUCGUCGACGCCAGUCGACCCGUCUCCAACGCCGUCGCCAACGCCGCCGCCAUCGGCUUUGCCAACGCCACCGCCCUCGGCGUCGCCCUCGCCGCCACCUCCGUCGGCGCUGCCAACGCCACCGCCCCCAUCGGCGUCGCCCUCGCCGCCACCUCCGUCGGCGCUGCCAACGCCACCGCCCCCAUCGGCGUCGCCCUCGCCGCCACCUCCGUCGGCGCCGCCCUUGCCACCGCCACCCGCGUGGGGCCCCUUCAGCGUGUGGGAGUUCAAAUCCCAAGCCGCCUUUGUGUCGUGUGACUUCUCAGCUGCUGAGGAGCUCCCCCUGGACGAUCCGUCAAACUCAAUCUCCGGCGACGAGUCCGUCACUCGCACGUUCGGCACCCCCGCCCUCGUGAUUGCCGAGGGUUCACCCUUUGCUGGAUCCACGGUCCGCUUCUAUGGUGGCGCGCCCUCAGAGUACUGCCAAGCAGGACAGAAAUUCACCGUCGUCGGCGAUGGGCCUGGCAGCAACGCACCGAUCCGUGUCGGCAACUGGGGCAAACCGGGGGAGUGGAACCCUGCCGGCUUCCUCGCAUCGGCCACUCCGGCGCAGCAGCUCAUUUUCGACUUUCCGCUGUUCGCCCCCGCGCCGAUCGCCGUGUCCGCCCAGGCAGCACCCUAGCGCUUGCCAUAGCCGUCACGAAAAGAGUCGACACUAGAUGCUCCUCUACGCCUGCCUCCCCGCCGCCGGCCACGCUCUCCCCCGGCGAGCGAGGAGGCGGUGGGUUACAGUAUACAGAGAGACUCCCCUUACUUUCUCUCUACCCGUAGAGCGGCUCGUAGAGCCUAUAGAGAGGGCCUCUCGUCUUCGUGACAUCGAUGAGGCUUGCAUGUAAAU